CUGAGCGAGUGCCUGGCGCCGGGCUCCCGGGGAGCAGCGACUGAGGGCGGGACCCGCAGCCAGGAGCCUCUCCUGUCUGCUCCGACCCGGCAGAACGAACUGAUGGACUCAGUGGCCUCCAGAUUUGUUCAUUAAAGUUAAAGGUCUUGUAGCCACGUAGAGAAAACCAAAAAAACCCAUCAUGAAUCAGAACUGGUGUAUUAAGGAUGACAUUGACUCAUAUUCACGGGCGUUGAAAAACGGAGGUGAAGGAGAGUAUGUUGUUCGACAACUCUUGGAGGAGCAUAUAAGAUACAUCACUGUCAUUGUGAAGCAAAUAAACAAGGAUAUAGAGGUGCUGCAAGACCAAAUUCGGACACUGGAUAGUGGGAGCCGAGGAACUAAUAAUAUGGUGAAAACCCUCGAAAUGCGACAUCUGGAGGGUAUUGGAGAUCUUCGGGGAAGGGUGGCAAGGUGUGAUGCAAGCAUUGCCAAACUCUCCGCUGACCUGGUGAGAAUAUGUGAAGGGAUUCAGAACCUCAGCAAUGAGCAACAAAGAACAAAACUCACCUUGGAAGGAAAGAUAAAGGAUGUUGAAGGGCAGAUUUCGCAACUUUUAAAGAGAAUUGAAGAGUCUAUAAGAGAGCAGGAAAGGAAGAUCAAGCUCACUAUGGGACAGAGCAGUGAACAGCCCCAUCUGCUGGAUGUUGUGAUGAAGAACAUAAGUGAAGACUUCAAGGGCCAGGUUUUGUCCAGUAGCUCUCGGCUGGAACAAGAACUAGCCAGAAAGGAGCAGGAUUUGUUGCAUCAAAUAGAACGGCUCUCCUUAGUAAUGAAAGACAAAACUGAAAGCAGUGAAAAAAGACUGGAGGAAAGGUUAAAUCACUUGUCUGUGAAAUUUGACAAAGCAGAAGAAAUACAGAAAAUGAAGUUUGAGACUCAAGGCACAAAAUAUCUUGAGAAGAAGUUAAACGCUAUCAGGAUCAUGAUAGCAGAAAGAAUAUGGAAAGAAAUAGAGUCCAUCAAAGCUGAAACUAAUGUUGGCUUUACAGCUGUUUAUGAAAGCAUUGGAUCCUUAAGACAAAUACUUGAAGCAAAAAUGAAGCUGGAUAAAGAGCAGUUGCAGAAACAAAUUCUUCAGGUGAAGCAAAUGAUUAAUCCAGUUCUUACGAAUUAAUAUCUGGGUCACUGUCUGUGGCAGACAACAUACUCUGGAGACAGCCCGAUCAUUGAAAAAGUUCACCUUUCAUACCAGUAUAUGCUUGAAAUUACUUUAGAUAAUUUUUAACAAGAAGAGGCCACAGUAAAACCAUUUAAUUACCUGUGAGUCUACUUGAACGAAGGAAAAUUGUAAUGUUUUGCACAAGUCUUUAUGCCAAUAAAGUAGUGUGCGUGAAUUUUCUGGUACAACAGAUGCUUUAAUGGAAUGUAUGUUUUAAAAUUUAACCAGUCUAACAUAAUUAUGUUAUGAAUAGGGCUAGUAAUCCCUUUCUUGAAUAUGUGCAUAAUUUACAUUUAAUUACGUGGUUCGAGAACUGGAUCACCAAACGUAAAAACAUUAAGAUUCAUUCUGUGAAGACUGCAUUUAUAAAUGAGGAGUUUAAUCAAAGUUAACAAGGUUUAUCAUUAUGUUGUAAUUUCAAGAGAUUAUCACUAUUAAUAAUUGGAUAAGGCAAUCUCUGUCCUUUUUCUCUAUUACUGUAAAUUUUACAUGUCUGGGUGCUUUAAAACAGUAUUAUACAAUGUAUUACAGGAGUACCAUGCAUGUUAUUUAAGCAAUAUUAUAUUGGGGCAACGUAUGUUUUACUAGAGCAGUUUUGCACAGUUUCUGUAAUUGUUCUGUAUCUUUACUGAAGUUAUGUCUUAUUCCAGCAGUACCAUGAUCAAAAUGAUACAAUUUGCAAAACCAGUUACA